AUGGUCCGGAUGAACUCUCUUUACAGGAAUCUCAAAGGGACAGCCCACUGGUGUAUUCCCCUGUCGACAUCUGAGUCCGACUAUAAUGCAGCCCAACGAGCUAUGGACUUUAAUGUUGGAUGGUUUAUGGACCCUUUAACCAAUGGUGAAUAUCCGCCUAGCAUGAGGUCCUACGUGGAAAAUCGGCUACCAAAAUUCACGAAAGAACAAUCUGAUAUGUUGAGAGGAUCGUUCGAUUUCAUAGGUCUAAAUUACUACACUUCCAGGUACACAGCUCAUGUUCCUCACUCCGAUACCACCCGAGUAAGCUACACAACCGAUUCACAUGUUAAUGUAACAGUCGAGCGAAAUGGGAUCCCAAUCGGAACUCAGGAAUAGAUGAGCUCAACAACAGUUCCUUGUCACUGGAGGAAGCGCUGCAAGACGAAGCGAGGAUUAACUACUAUCAUCACCAUCUUUUAUUUCUUCAAAAUGCCAUCAGGGAUGGUGUGGAUGUGAGGGGCUUCUUUGCUUGAUCAUUGUUGGACAACUUCGAAUGGGCAGAAGGUUACACCGUUAGAUUUGGCCUUAUUUACGUGGAUUAUAAAGAUGGUCUGAAGAGAUACCCAAAGCAAUCUGCUCUUUGGUUUCAGCAGUUUCUCAGAGGGCGUGAGGGUACAGAGAAUUCCAUCUCCUCUGAAUGAUAAGUGGGACAUGCACGGUACUAAUACAGGUAGGCCAUGUGUAUGAUUUAACUUUAUGGAUCUAUUGCUUAAUGUACCUAUUUAGUGUUAUGGGCAUGUAUAUAUAUUUAUUCAUAUGAUUAUGUUGGAAUGUUUUUAUGUUUGAAUAUACGGAUGUGAUUGUUUUGUAAAAAAGUUAUACAUUGAUACUUAGAUUAUACAUUAUGAUGAAAUAUGGCUAAUAUUCAUCGA